ACCGCGCCGGGCAGCGGAUGAGGCGCCGCGGCUGCAGCCCAGGGCACCUCCCCCCGGCUUCCCGAACCCUGCCCGGUCCAACCCGAGGGGGAGGAUGGAAACACCAGCCGCGCUCUGAGCCCCAGGAAGACAACACCCUCCCCGCCACCUCAACACGCAGUCCAGCGAAGACCCCCGCCGCGUCCCCGCCCAAGCCUCGAUCUCCCGGAGAGGGGCGCAGCAGCAGCAGCGUGCGCGAUGGCGGAGAACCUGAAGAGGCUGGUCUCGAGCGAAUCUUUGCGAUCGUUGCCGGACAAACUAGAAUCCUGGCUGCGGGACUACGACACGAACUCAUGUGAUCAGAAUCUAAAUAUCUGCCUGGAAUUCAUUGAACAAGUUGCCAAGGUGCAGGGACAGCUUUUUGGGAUCCUCACAAUAACGGCCCAAGAAGGAGGACGAAAUGAGGGCGUGGAAGUAAUCAAAUCACGCCUUUUGCCUUGGCUGGAAGCAUCUUUUACUGCGGCUUCCCUGGGAAAACCUGUUGACAGCAGGGUCCCCUCACUUCAGGACACCUUUGAUAAGGAGAAGAGAGAUUCCAGUAUUAAGGAGAGGGAAGCACAAUUGGACUCUGACUUGAUUGCAACGCGAAAUCAACUCAACCAGGUUCAAGACGAUCUGGCUGCAACUGAAAAGACUAUUGAAGAAACCAAGACCAGAUCGACCAUAUCCCUUUUGGCUGCAGAGGAGGAAAUAAAUCAGCUAAAAAAGCAGCUUAAGAAUCUUCAAGCCCAGGAGGAUGCCCGCCACAGAAACUCAGAGCACAGGGCCUCGGACUACAGUAGCAGGAGUUCGGAGCGUCGUCAGAGUUCUGACCGGAGUUCAGAGCGGGGUUCAGAGACGCGGAGGUCAGAGCCCCGAGGCUCUCUGCGCAAAAAAAGCGUCCGGGAGGCGCACAGCCCAGAGAAGCAGAGCACAGACCAGCAGUGCGCAGACGUGAUAUCUGAUUACGAGAAGCAGCUCCGCACGCUCAAGGAUGAGAUCGCAGUUCUGUCUGCUGAAAAAUCUGCGCGCCGAGGAAGGUCCACCAGGAGCCGGUCUCCUAGCCCUUGCCGUGGCAGCCGCAGCCACAGCCGCAGCCACAGCCGUAGCCACAGCCUCAGCCAGAGUCGCCGUCAGAGUCGUAGCCACAGCCCUAGCCACAGCCGCAGCCAGAGCCGCAGCCAGAGCCGCAGCAGGUCAGCCAGCCCCACCACCGCAGUCGCCAAGGUCAGGACCCCAUCUCCGAAUCGUGCCAAACUGUCCAGUGUGGCACGAAAGGCUGCCCUCUUGUCCCGGUUCAGCGAUGCCUAUUCUCAGGCCCGCCUGGAUGUGCAGUGCUUGCUGCGGCGCUGCAUCGACAAAGCUGAGACGGUGCAGCGGAUCAUCUACAUUGCCACCGUGGAGGCAUUCCAUGUAGCUAAGAUGGCAUUCAGACAUUUCAAGAUCCGUGUGAGGAAAUCAUUGACACCAUCAUAUGCAGGGUCGAAUGACUUUGAGGAUGCUGUCUCGGAUUAUAUCAUCUGUCAUCUUGAUCUCUAUGAUUCCCAAAGCAGUGUUAAUGAUGUGAUCCGAGCCAUGAAUGUCAAUCCCAAGAUUUCCUUCCCUCCUGAAGUUGACUUUUGCAUCCUCAGUAACUUCAUCCAGGAGAUAUGUUGCAUUGCCUUUGCGAUGCAGACUUUAGAUCCACCCCUAGAUAUUGCAUUUGGGGCCGAUGGAGAAGUUUUUAAUGACUGCAAGUACCGUCGCAGCUACGACUCUGAUUUCACCGCUCCUCUGGUCUUCUACCACGUGUGGCCUGCUCUCAUGGAGAAUGACAACGUCAUUAUGAAGGGAGAAGCAGUUACUAAGAGAGGGGCUUUUUGGAAUUCUGUGCGAUCUGUGAGUCGAUGUCGAAGCAGGAGUUUAAGCCCCAUCUGCCCCCGUAGCCACAUUGGUUUAAGCACGAUAUCUCGAAGCCGGAGUCCUUCUCCAAUAAGAUGUGGAUUGCCAAGGUUUUGAAACAACCAGCCAUGUUCCUUUGCCGCAGAACAUCUCUAACAGCGACUUCCCCAGCACUUGCCUCCACCUGCCUGCUGUGUCUGCCUCAGACCUCACUUAAGAUAAUGUGAAAAGGCAAUUCUGUAUCGCUGCACGCAGAGAGUUAAAUGUUUUGGCUCAGUGCACUUGUAACUUCAGACAAUUGCAUUUUAUUUUAUUUUAUAGAUACAAAUUCCAUCAAUUUGAUAAAAACAAUUGCAUAGGUGUUUAGGAUCAUAUUCAUUUGAAGCAAAGUCCAUCACCCAGGUUCAGGAUUUCCUGAGAGACUAGACUUGUUUAGAAAACCUAUAUUAACAAAACUGGGAAAUCUUUACUAUGCUGAUUCCAAAAGACAAGGCAUUUUAGUUUACAAAUUGAUCAUCAAUACUGUAAUUGCUGGUAUUAGCUUUAAAUUGAACACAAUAUUGUGGUUUUAAUUUUUCUUUUAAGGUUUGGAAGACAGCCGUAAGCUCAGGGUGAAGAGCCCAUACCAGUGGCUAAAUGUCAAAGAUGGUGACUCACCAGCUUGCAGCUCAGGGGCUUGUUUUCUUCUACUUUGAGAGCGGCCCCUGCAGUGGAGUGGAGAGUACUGUAUACAGAAGAUACUGGGGUUUUCCUGCUUCAUGAUGCAGAGCAGUGAUUUAGAUAGCAGCCAACUUUGUGCUAAAUAUUGAUUGCUUUGUGUCCUCCCGCCCCAACUUGGGAUGUUUCACCCUGUUUUAAUGCACAUGUAAAUAUAGAAGCUAGCUGGGAUGUGUUACCAUUCCUCCAGAUUUUCACAAAUUCAGACCUUCUGUGAACUUCUGCUGACAAAAAUGCCUAAACUUAAGACCUAAAACCAGUAGCAUUUUUUAUUGAUUUUCAAAGAUCUGUCCCUUGGAUAGCUUCCUUGCGAAGUGUUAUUGAAAGUUCAAGAUAAUAAUGGAGUGUGGCUUUCUCAAGAUAAGUGAUGCUGUUUUUGUACCUUUCUUUUUCACUUUAAAGACAACUUUAAGCACCAGUCUCACAUGUAACUGUUUUCCCAUGUGCCUUUUGAAGAGAAACUGGAUUGGCCACAGCUCAGUUGGCAUAAAUUCAGUGUCAAACCAUCACCUGGGGGACAUCAGGUGAAAAAAACCCAGGUUUCUCUAAAGCAUUUUGUCCCUUGUGCAGAGCUGAGGGGGCCACCACUUCAGCCCCCACCCUUGGGGGCUCCUCAAGUGUGAGGUUCUUUUGCUCCCUCUGUGGUUAUGUGGCCAUCGUUUUGCGGCAAGGCAGUGUUUUGGAAGGAAAACUUGGCCACAGGUAACUCUAGUUCCAACUUGGUCUUCACCUUUCUCUGUGCCCUGAACGACUUACUUCACCUCUCUGAACCUCAGUUUCAUUGUAGAGUGAGGAGGUUGGACGAGAUUAAUGUCACAGCUGCCCCAGACUCUGACAUAUUUUAUUCAGAAUAUGUUGAAAUGAAAUUCAAAGUUAAUAUAAUCCAAAUGCGUAUCUCCUUUAAAACAAUGAGUGCAGCAUUAUAGCUGUAAAGUAAUUUUUAAUGGAAUAAAAUGUGCUUAAAUAACAAAGCUUGGUUAUUACCACCUUAGAAGAGAAAAUUAAGUUGUCAGAGAUUUGGGCUGUGCUGGCAUCAUCGGUCAGUGCUGUCGUUGGAUGUGGUUCUCUGAAAGGGUGGGCCACAUUGGGUAGAGUUUUGAGCAAACACUUUACAGCUCGAAGUGCAUUCCUGGAAAAGUUGGCAUAUAUUAAAGCCAUGCAACAAUUACUUUGAGUUAUAUGUUAAAAGCUCUCUUCUAAUUCUCGCUAAAUAAUGAGAACCCCCACAUAUCAGACUUCACAUGAGGGAAUGCAUGGCCUGGUUUGCUGUGUGCUGGGUCCAGCCACCUGCUGUUUCUCAAGUCUCUGAUGUGAAGUGUAACCACUCAGGGAAGGGUAAAUAGUCUAGAACAAUUUUUGGAAAGGAUCCAACAAAACCAAAAGAGGCUGACCUAUUUUUAUUUCAUCUGAACAUGCUCCUUAACCUUAAUGGCUUUGAAAAAUGAAAAGCUCUUGCUUUGUAACCUAGGUAAAUGUUAGUUUCUCUAUU